CUGGCCACUGCUGCUGCGCCCGUCGCCCCUCUCUACGCUCCUUCUUCUCCACCACCCACUUCUCCAUUCGCUUCCAUAAGUCGGAUGACGUGAUACUGACUUCUUCUCCUUCGUUCACCAUUCUCCACGGCGUCGACGUCCCUUUUCGGAGAUGGACACGUUCGAGCUCGACUCGGACGCCUUCUACAUUUGCACAGAAGUGUCACCGCGAAACUUUGUCGUUCAGAAGGCAAUCCAAAUCGACAAGUCACAAAUUGAAAGAAUGGUGGGAAAGUUCGAUGGAAAGGUGGCAGUGGAGAAGACAUCUUCACCAGGCUCCUCUGUGGGAACAUCUAACGCCCACUCACCAGGCACGUCACCGUCGACAUCAGCGUCGGGUGCCAGCGGUAUUCCCCAACCACCUCCACUUCCUUAUUGGUUCAAUCGUGAGUGUAAAUCAUCACUCAUGAUGAUCGGCCCCCAGCCGCCGGGACCUUCUUCGGGGAUGUCGAUGCCCUCAUCAUCAUCAACGAAUCAGUUUGUGCCAGCAGUUCCACCACCACCACCGUUGAGUCGUGAAGAGAUUAAGCAGCUGUUGAAGAAUCAACUGGAGUACUACUUUUCCAGAGAGAAUCUGAGCUCGGACCGAUAUUUGAAAUGCCAAAUGGAUUCGGACAACUAUGUGCCGAUCAAUGUCCUUGCUGGCUUCCCGAAAAUAAUGCGGCUGACUACGGAUGUCGAUUUGAUUGUGGAAGCGCUGAAAGAAUCAACAAAUGUGGAAUUAGACGAAAAGUUUGAGAAGGUCAGAGCUAUCACCAAGCGGAAAGUAAUGCUAAUCCGAGAAAUCCCGGAAACGCAUCGAGAAGAAGUAGUCAAAUUAAUAGCAGAUGGACCACCGUACACUGAUCUACAGUAUGGAGUUAAUGAUGGUUGGUACGUGACCUACGAGAAUGAGUUGGACGCUCAAGUUGCCUAUGUUGCCGUGCAACACCGUAAAAAUGAAAUAACACAGAAGCAAGUUUGUGCACGUAUAAAAACUUGCGGUCCUUCGACAUUUGCUCCCCCACCAGAAGAGACGCCACAUUCAGAGAAUGGACAAAUGACGACACUGGGCAACGGCGAGCAGGGCACAGUACAUCUUCGAGAGUUGGGGCAAACGCUUUCUGAUUAUGGGUUUGUACCUGUGGCCACUUACCGACCUGGAGACCCGAUUUCGAGCCACUUCGAGUACAUCACACCGACGUUCCGCUUCUCUGGAAACAGCUUGUCAUACAAUCCUCCGAUGCCUCCUGUGCCUCCUCUACCACCACAGCAUCAUCAGCAACAUCAGCAGCAGCAGCAGCAACAACAACCACCUCUGCUUCAAAAUACUCCACAACCAUAUUACUACGGAUCAAGUGUCUCGACGACGCCACGGAACUAUGAUGAAAUGUCGACUGCCUCGUCAAACUCCACUCACACCACAACAUCGAAUUAUAAUAAUCGCAAUGGAAGCAGGAAUGGUGGAAAUCAAUAUUAUGAGUCACGUAGCAGCUUCUCGAAUUCAAAUGAAUGGCGUUCUCGUGGUGGUGGUAAUGGUGGAAGAUUCCAGAAUAAUUAUAGUGAAAAUAACGGACGGCAAAGUAAUGGGAGUAAUGGCCGAUGGCGUGGAAACAAUCGAAAUGGAGCAACGACGAAUGGUUAUGGUUAUCAGCAACAUAACAAUCGACAGAAUCAUUAUCAAAAUGGUCAACAACGUGAAAACGGAGAAAAUGGACAUCAUAAUCAUUAUCAGAAUGGGCAAUCUUCCAAUUCUUGGUGGUCGGGAAAUGAUGGGCAAACCCGUCAACGUAAACAACAGCACAAUGGCUAUAAUAAUCGUCCAACUGUAUCAUCAUCUUCCUCAUCGAGUACGAGCUCCAAAUACUUUUCUCCGGAUGCUGUCGAAACUCCGACUAACUCUGGAUCAAGUACACCUCCACAAACAUCGGUUCGCAAUCCGAAAUAUCAUGUUCCUACACCAACGGAUCUUCCACCGCCUCCAGUAUGGCCUGCACCAAACUUUGACCGGAGAAGAAAAAGUUCGGAAACAUCAUUCACAACGAACACGACAACUAAUACAUUGACACCAUCGACUCCAGUCACUCCACCCGUGUUGCGACCGGCAUUUUCUGAAUCUAAAGCUCCGCAAGAACCAUCAAAACCAGUGGAAACGAAGGAAAAUAAUAAGCCAGCUCUAACUGACGAUUUUCCAUUGCCAGAACCUUUGCCGCAAAAACCGAAAAUUGAGACGAAUCAUCAUUCGGCUGUGGAGAAGGAUGCGGAGAAAAUCAAAGUGCGCUCCCCGCCCGUCGUUGUAGCUUCUUCUCCAGCACCUGCUGCUCCAUCACCAUUUUCCUUUGAAGAAACUGCUUUCCCUUCACUUCCAAAGAAGGUGGAACCUGUGAAGCCGCCACAAAAACCGACGUUCAGGUAGAUGAUGACGACGUUGUCAUUUCUAUCCGACAAUCGUUAUUAUCGUUGUCAUGUGAUUUGUGUUGUGAUUGGUAUUGUGCCAUAAAAAAGUUCCGUAGCUGCUGGUCGGCUGAAAAAGAUCAAACAACUCGUUCCGGAGAAAAAGACGUCGUACGCUGAAAAGGCACAACAAUAUCAGAACAAUCACAAAAAAUGAAUUAAUUAAUCAAAUUUUUUAUCAUUCCACACACACACACCUAAAUAGGCCUUCGUGUAUCCUUCUAGUCUGCUUUUCCACAUUCUUUUCCCCUAGUUUUAUGAACCUAUUCAAAAACUGCCCCAAACAUAAUUAACAUUUCUCUUUUCUUGACUAUCAAUCAAUCAACACAAAAACCAACCAACUCUCUUCCCAUCGACGUGUGAUCCAAUCCAUCCCCGUUUCUGUAGUUAUUUUCCAUAUCGAACACCUCAUUGUCUGUCCUAUCUCUUGAUCCGUGUAGUAUUUCAACUUUUCUGUUCUCGGUCAUUUUCCCAGCAACACACAAAAAAAUCAAAUCAUCACCAAUUUUCACAGCCUCCGAAACUGCUUUACUCGUAGAUUGUUUGUUUUUUCCGUCCCCCCAUUUUUCACUUGUUUCCUGUUUAAUAUAUAUUUUCCCCUUUCGAUUAUUGCGUUGCCAAACCGAACGUGCUUUACCGCAUUUCAAUUGUAUUUUUUUCCGUUUUUCAAAAACCCCCCUAAUCAUUCCCCCACCACCACAAAAACCAUUUCUCGGGACUCCCGCAUUUUUACAAUUUCUGGUAUCUGGGACCUUUUUGGAGAGUAUUAUAAAUAUUUAAUUGGGAUCUCUAAUAAUUCUGUUUCACUUGUUUUAGUCAUUGAGCUGGUUUAUUCGAUGAAUUCAAAUUCGUUGUCAGAAAUGGGAAACAAUAAAAAAUUUUGACAAAGUAGGUA